UACCAGCUCGCUAAGGAAAAAAUACCCCUGGUGCAAAAAAAAGCCGCCCGAGAAUAGAUGAGUCUAUGUCAUCUUCCUGACCUUUUCCAUUCGAUCGCAAAAUAUACCUAUAGAGGAAAAGUUCGGAGUAUCAAAGUUUUCCAUUCGCUUUUCAACCACAAUGAGCUGACCCCUAAAAGCUGGAAACGCUUCGAUCAUCGUGCACCUGUGGGGGCUGAGGCUUCGUUUGAGACUAUCAAUCUUUCAAUUUCCUCUAAGCCAUUUUUCCAGCCUGGCUGAGCGUGUCUGAGCGGAACUAUGGCCACCUCUCUCACCGGAUCCUUUCAUUGGUAUAGCUUUCUCAUUCCUUGAACUCUGGGAGUGAUGUCUGUCACAUUAACAUUUCGUUAAAAGUUUCAUCAGCCAUCCGCUUCUCCUCUACGAUGAAAGGCACCAGAUAUACCAACAGAGGUGUAUUUGACCGCACGUUUCGCGGGAGAAGCCCAAGGUGCAAGUGUUUGACAAUCACUGCUUUAGUUAUCGCCAUCCUUAUCAUCAUAAUUAUUCCCACUGCUGUUGUUGUUACCCAAAGAAAUUCACUUCUUCCAAUUCUUCCAGCCACCGUUUUGGUACCGCUUUAUAUCUAUCCCACCUAUGACAGAACUUAUGAUCCCCUUCACAAUGCGUACGUCUUCCCAUUUCACCCUGUCAAAACGAAGCUGAUUAUUCCAGAUAGUGUUCAAGCACAUCCUAAGCUAAACUUCACCGUUAUCAUUAACCCAUCAAGCGGCCCUGGCUCGUCACCGUUACCAGAUAGCAGUUACACACCAGAGAUACAGAAAAUGAAUGCAUUUCCGAAUGUGAGAACCGUUGGCUACGUUCGAACAGGAUAUGGGUCGAGAAAUAUCAGCGAGGUGCUUGCGGAUGUGAAUACAUAUUCAGGAUGGGCCUCCAAUCAAAGUGCCAAUAUUGCGAUGCAUGGAAUAUUUUUUGAUGAAGCUCCGUACCUUUAUUCACAGCAGAAUGCUGCAUUCUUGGUGACGAUCAACCAAGCCGUGAAGAAUUCUACAGGUAUCCAACCAGAUCGCAUCGUAAGUCUUUUCUCCCCAGCCCUUGUGCUAUGUUACGAAAUGAUGCUCACCUGGUUCAAAGACGAUACACAAUCCUGGCACAGUACCCGAUGCUCGACUCGUCGACGACAGCACAGAUUUCACCGUGGUAUUUGAGGGAUCAUAUCAAGAAUUUAAAGAGAAGCAAGGAUCCCUAUCAACCCUACCCCAACCUCGCUCGAAAUACUCUAAUGUGGUUCAUUCGAUUCCAAAGCUCAGCAAACAUUCCAUACACAAUUUCGUGGCAGAAGUGAGCCAGCAUUCUACACUGUUCUCACUGACCGAUGUAAAUGUUAACUUCUAUGAGAAGUUUGGGUCGCGGUGGGGUAACUAUAUCAAUUACUAUGUAUGAGUUGAGAGAAGUCAAAGAGCGUAUUCUAAAUGUAUAAUUCCUGCUUAGAUGUUUAUAAAUUGUAAGAAUACUUUGAUAUUACUGUAUGUAAACUUAUUUAUAGAAAGUUUUAUACCCGCUAAACUAGAAGCAUUCGCAAAAUCAAUGCGGUCAUGUGCGGGUUUGGUACCGUUGACAUUUCAGUUCCGUUUCGAUAGACAAAGUACCUCAGACAAUUUCGUAAGUUGUCCCAGUACAAUAUCUUUUUCGGAGUGUAUCUAAAACAAUUACGGGCUCUCUGACUAUUUCCUCGCUCACAUCUCACGAAACAUUAGUUGCUUACAUUGAUCCAUCUGUGUGUUCAUCUAAUUUCGUUGUUGUACAGCAGCUUGAAUCCCUUGGUGCCUAAAACAACCAACCUCACGCAGUCAGGGAUGGUAAAACGGGUGCUCCCAUAUGUCACUGAGCCCCCAGACCAGGCUGUGGUGACCUGCGUUUGGCGAUACGAGGGCAAGGCACCCCUGGAAUCCGCAUGUGUCGAUAUAAAGUUGGAACAACUCGCAGAUUUAUAUUGUACUUCUAUUUUCUUGGUGUUUUUGCAGAUUUCGAAAAGCCUCCUUCCUAUUCUGAAAACUUUGCAUCUGCCUUAGACGAUUUGAACGGUAUCAAAGAAGAAAAAUAAAUCCCUCAACAUCUCUCGUCAUCUUCAUGGGCGGUGACUGGUAGGCUCUUCUAGCUCUUUUUUUUUGUGCUACCUCUGUGCAGUUAUACAGUUAUAACAAUAACAAAGCAGUCAAUUUAAGUGGCUGCAGUCAGCUUGAGGAGACUGUUGGGCCUAUCUUGGAAGGUGCAUCCAGGCGGUGCAUUUACUUCGCAACAGAAUGCCUUAGACCAAUACAUUUAGCCUAACGUUGCAUCUAGUUCCAAAGGCUUCCGGCGGCCAAGUCGCACGAAACAUAAACACCUGUACCUAAUGCCUCAUUCUAGUCCACCUCCGUCUGCGGUCCUGAUCCCACUCUACAUCUAUCCUCUGCCUCAUGCAUGGACGCCCCUGUACGAAGCGUAAGUGUACACCCACAUCUCAAGCUCACUUUCAAUCUUACCCUACCCCCAUCCCAUUCUGUUCGUGUCAAUGUGUCCCUUCGCCGAGAUGUUUCCUACAACGGUUUUCAGGUUUUCAGGGGUCGGAACACCUAUGUGCCACUGUGAUGGCGUUAUGAGAGAGCCUCUCCGAUAAAUCAUACUCUUUUCAGACAAGACUUCACUAACGGUUCUAGAAUUUCUACAUAUCCGAAUGUGACUUUUGUGGUGAUAAUAAAUCCGCAUAAUGGGCCAGGUGCUUCGUCUCAACCCGACGCCGCCUACUCACGGGAACUUGGCAAGCUGAGCGUAUUGGCCAAUGUGAGACUCGUGGGAUACGUGCGCGUUAACUACUGCGAGAGAAAUCUGGCCGAAGUUCUUGAGGAUAUCAACAAGUAUGCGGGAUGGUCGAAAACAGCGAUCCGAUCAUCGUCCCCGACACCGUCAGAUUCUGCACAGAUGAGUGUGGCGGUACACGGCAUCUUCGUUGACGAGACGCCCAAUUCGUACACAGAAGAGAGAGCCAUGUACCUGGAGAAUGUGACCAGCCUGGUGAAGAAAACACCGGGAAUCUUGGGUGAUUGUGUGGUAGGUCUUCCUUCUUGCUUCUCGUCCCUUUUCGUUAUAUGUUGUCGUCGUCGUCAUCUGAUCUACUUGAUCGUCUCUUCUUAUGCUCAAUACCAAUUACUCACCGGCACGGCAUAACCUUAGGUCAUCCAUAACCCAGGUACAGUUCCUGACAUCGAACUUGCCGAAUCAGGGCCCGAUAUUACCACGGUAGUGGAGGAAAGUUGGUCAAACUAUCAGUCGGAAGCGCUUCAAGAGCGCAUGUCGUCGCUCUUACGUUAUGACCGAAACCAAUGCAGUUUUAUGGUGCAUUCGGUGCCCGUAGAGGAGGUCUCCCGACUGGUGCAAGAAUUGCGCCAUCGUGGUGCAUAUCUCUUCGUCACGGAUCUGCGCGAGGAUUACUAUUGCCGCUUUGGGAAAAGCUGGGGUGAUUUUGUCAAGGCCAUGGCGGCGUAGUGGGGCAGUGAUGAAUACGAGCCGGAUACCAGCAUCGUGGUGUGGUGUGGCUUCCGCAAGCGAGAUGGUCUGUGAAUGGUAUAGCAACAUAAAACUUUUGGCAUCAAAGAGCUCUUGCUACCGUGGUGAGGAAUGCACAUUUGUCUUGACUGGCUGGAGCUGAGAAGAGACAGCUCAAGCGUUCGAAAUCGGAAAUCUAUGCCGCGAAUGAGCGCAAGUCAUUCUCGGGCCUUCAGCUCAACCGGGUCUGGCUGUUGAAGCAUGGGUAGUUCAAAAAGAUUGACUGGAAUUGGAGCAAAGAUGAAUUGCUGAAUCCGGAAACUUAGAUGUUUGCACAACGUGACUUUUUUUAAACGACAAUCUAGUUUUGAGGAAAUUACAAUAAUGCGCUUAAGUGGAUUGGAAACACUGACCAUAACUUAAAAAAUAGUACCUGAGUUGCCUGGGGAUAUGAGCUACUUGCGGUCCAUUCCCGCAAUAGUAGCCCAGUAGUGUAUUAGAAGCUGGG